AUGUUGGACUAUAAAGUAUUACUAGUAUUAUUUAUAUACGUGAAAAUGUCCAGUAGUUACUUGGCUUACUUAAACAUCAACGAUGCCAUCGACGAAUUAUACGGCAACAUCAUCGAUGGCAAGUACUCGCAAGCCGUCAAACUGACGCGAAACAUCUCGGACACGAACAAUCAUGGCGUGUUUCAUCACGGAAUGAUCGCACAUGUUGUCGAGAAACUGGCGCAAGAAAUGAACCCGAACAUCUUGAGUUACGGCUACAAGCUCUGGUCGAGUGGCGAGAAAGAGAUAGUCAAGAAAUACUUGCCCAAUUCCUUUCCACUCAUAUUCGAUGAAAACGAUGUGAUUUUGAUGGACCGACAAUAUAAUCUGGCCUUGAAACUGGAUGUUAACAUUGACUCUGCUGGGGACAGAAAGGUUUGGGGGGAUUCCCGCGACAAAACAAGUCGCAGAGUAAUCUGGAAAGUGCUCCCUAUUUGGGAGAAUAGUAAGGUUCAUUUCAAAUUGAAGAAUUUGGAUUGCAAUCAGUUUUUGAAAAUGGGAUUGUAUCCCGACGGCAUAAAAGAUAGACCAGUAUAUGGUGACAACAAGCACGACGAGAUGAGGCACACUUGGUAUUUAGAUCCGGUUUUCUUAAACGGCAAGUACUCCUUCUUCAUAAGGAACAGGCAGUUCGGGCAAAAGCUAAAGCUUGCUGUAAAAGAAGAUUCGUACAAGGAUCGACGGCUGUGGGGACAUUACGGUGACAUUAAUGACAACGACCUCCCUCGCUUCUUAUGGGAUAUUGUAAAACAUGAAUAACAAAUAAAAACAAUAAAAUUGCAUCAAAACAGUUUUGCCACCAUGCCGAAAUGUGUAUUACAUUUGACUAGAAAUUGUUAAAUAAAACUAGUUUUAACGGGUUAAUGCACGAACUUUAUUUAUUUA